AUGGCACUUCAAACUUCUACGAAUGCUACUACCUCCUUCAAGAUCUUAUUUCUCUUCGCAGUUCUUUCAUUCUGUAUGCUGAUGGCCGGCUCUUCUUCUGGUUCUGGACCGAUCUUGUUUGCCGAAGCCUCCUCUUCCGCGGAUGCUACUACUGCUACAACAACUACUACAACUACUACUGCAACUGCAACUGCAACUGCAACUAGUAAAACCAAUCAUAAUCUCAACAAAAUGUUCAAGGGCAUGAGUCCUGGAAUGCAACAAAAGAUGUCCUUCUUGGCCCUCACAACCAGCAAGAUUGAUGCAGAACAAAAGGCUGCGAUUCGAAAGCAAUUCCAAAGAACCUUUCAGAAACGAUCAUCUACUUGA